GAGGAUCUUUCUUCUACUCUCUCGAACAUUGAACAUUGGCUAGUUAAUAUGUCAGAUAUUGAACGCCUCAGUGAGGCCAUGCAACGCUUGGAUAAUCUACGAAGGAGCAACCGACCUAAUCAGCGGCGAGUUCAUAAUUUAAGACAAAAUUCUGAAGCUCGCGACGUUACCAUAUCCUCGCGCGCAACCACCGCUCCCAGAGCUAGAGGAUCCUCUCUCACUCCCACCAAUGAAAGUCAAUGGAUCCGCGAAGGUCGAAUAGUGCGUGAGGUUGUGUAUUAUAGAACACAAAAGCUACUCCGCAAAGAAUUAGCGACAAUGCAACGAGACUUAUUAGCCUCAGAAAAGCGACAGCGUCUUACUGGUCAGGUUGAGAUGCAUGAAUCAGAUGCCGCUGCAAAUGGCGAGCCUGGCUCUCCUCCCGGGGAUCGGGAAAGCCUAGGUUCUGAUACAGGUCAGGAUACUCGUAUCAAAAGUUUAGAAUGGUAUUUUCGCAAAGCUUUCGUCGAUGCGUCUCUUCGUCCUACUCAGAAACCUUUAAAGGAAAUCGACCCGUGCUUUUGCAGUGAUCCAUACGCGAUUGGAACCGCCGAUGGAGAAUGCCACGAAGCUGUCAAAAUGCCAAGGUGCGCGCAUGUCUUUGGGCGCUCUUGUAUUGCAAUGUGGCUACAGGAGAAGGAUACUUGUCCGAUGUGUAGGCAUAAGAUUGUGAUAAUAAGUUUGGAAUGACAUCCUUGCAAUUGAUUGAGCACUGGGUAUCAAAAGGGGUCUUGAAUCUUGACGUCA